UAGUUCGUAUAAUAAUUAAGGAAGGAGAGUAAUGGAGAGAGUGACCGGUUGGAGAAGUGAUCGGGCGGAGAUAGAGACGAGAGCAGCGUUUGGGUCGGUGAAAGAAGCGGUCGCCAUGUUCGGAGAAAAAGUUUUAGCCGGAGAGAUCUAUGCAACUAGGCUUAGAGAGAUUCGGAUAAAGGAAACAAAAUCAAUUCCGAGUGGGCUGACUCCUCUAUCAAGACUACGAUCUCUUACACUCGAGCUCGAUCAGACCAGAGAAAAUCUUACAAGAACGCUACAACUAAACACCAUCCUCACCAACAGAAUCAAAACUCUAACACAAGAACUUGAACAUGGGAGGAAGGAGAUACAACAUCUCAGCAGGACGAGGUCGAGUCGCCUAGACAAUCCGGAGAUUGAGGAACUCAAGUUCGUGGAACAGCAUCACACGAAGACGACGUCUAAAGAUGUUGAUGAAGAGGUUGUAACGACGGAGGAGCUGGAGAAGAGGAGACUCGUCACAUUCGCGAGCUCGCCUUUGCUGACGCGUGUGAUGUCAAACGUCAGGGAAGAAGAAGAGGGGAAUAAUAAAGAGAAGGAUUUUGAGAGAGAUUGUUCGGUCAAGAAGACAAAAUCAAAGAGGGGUUUUGCUCCGUUCAUGGGAUGGUUUAGAGCAAACCGAGGACGAGAUUGAU